CCUCAUUCCUCAAUUUCGCCUUGGUUGAGAACAUUGAAUGUAAUUUCUCUCUGGAAAAAUGAAAAUCGUCGCACUUUUCGUUGCACUGUCAGUGUACGUGGUCUUAGCCUCCGACUGUCCGAACAACAAUAUCAGCGAAUGCCAAGGAAUACAAUGCGGUUCAAACUUUCACUUGGAGUGUGUUCAACAAAUCUGCACUUGUUCAACGAACACUGGAUGCGUUUACAACAGCAACUGCACCAACACGGCAGACCACACUUGCGACGAUAACAACCGCAUGUGGAUCUGUAUAGACAGCAGGUGUCGCUGCGUUCGUCGACCAAACGUUGGCAAAUAGAACACAUUGAUUUAUAAACGUUUGGUCUUUUGUCUUUAAAAUAACUUUACAAUAAAUUUACCAAAUA